AUGGAUUAUGCCCUUCCAGUGAUUGUUGUCUUCCAUGGUGCGGGGUUGCAGGCAAAUAGUCCUCAGGCGCGUGAGAUGCUUGAUGCGGCGUAUGGGGUUUGCGCAUGGAUGUUGUUUCCAAGUGGUGUGACGUCCUGGAGUGGUGAUGACUGGCAUUACUGGGGUAUUGCUGACCUUCAGGCCGCAUUACUCGCAAUCCCAGACUGGAUUGCCAACGUCGAUUGGCGGGGGCCCACUUCUUCUCAAGAAGACUUGAUCGUCGUCGGUCACUCCAAUGGCGGUCAAGGGGCAUGGUAUUUCUCUACACAUUUCCCAGACAAGGUCUCUGGCGUGGCGCCUGUAGCGGCAUAUACGUCCAUCGAGAACUAUGUCCCUUAUACCAUGUGGCAGUUCUCAGAUCCCUCCCUGUCUUCGGUUCUCUCGAGAUCCAGGUCUAGUUACCGACAUGAACUAUUACUGAGCAACCUUGCUGGUAUUCCAAUAGCACAGCAGCAUGGCUCUUGCGAUAACAAUGUUCCAGUAUACCACGCAAGACUGAUGCAUGAAUUGCUUGAUCAAAUUCAAUGGCCGUCUAUGUAUCAGGAGCUACCCGGAAAACCUCAUUGGUUCGAAGGUGUGAUGACGACGCAGUAUCUGAGAGACUUCUAUCAUGUUAUGAUAAACAAAACGAGAAAAACAUUAGAAGACCAACUCCCGGAGACAUUUACAAUCACAAUUCCGGCCUCCGGUGAUCUGGGUUCUAAAGCAAAAAUCCAAGUGGAUCAGCUUCAGUCUCCAGACACGAACGGCAAACUAAAGGUCAGCCGCGCAUCCGGAACUCAUACCUGGUAUAUCACCACCUGGAAUAUCUAUCGCUUCCACUUGUCCUCGGAGGGUCCUCGGAUCGAACUGCCAUUGUUCAUCGUAUUAGAUAAUACUCAAAUAGCAUUUGACGUGGACCCUUCUCAACUGCUAGAAACAUGGUACCUGAAAGACGCCAACGGCCAGUGGAGUGUCUCGCACGAUUCGCACUGGAGGACUUUAGAUCAACGAUAUGGACGCCAGCUUGGCGCAAUGGAUGCGAUUCUCCAUACUCGAGGGCCCUUCACCAUCAGAAUGUGUUCUCCCGGCAUUGAACAUGCUGCUCUUCAAGUCAGUCGUAACCUUCUUCAAUACUUCGCUGCAGACUCUCAGAUCGUCGAGGGAUGCUUGGAUGAUUGGGAGCGGUCUCAGCCUGGAUCUAAUACCAUCACCCUCGCAAUGGGCCAAGAUCUUCCUCCUGCAUUACUCGAUUCAUACCCAAUUCGUAUAGAGCGUGAUCGUCUGGUUAUCUGGAAAAAUCAUUCAGUCCUUGCGCGGUCUGUUCGGCGUCAUGAGUUCUCAUGGGAAGCGGGCCUGGGGGCGGUUUUCCUGCGACCUCGGGAGGAUGAAGCUCUGGAACUAGUGAUCUGGGGCGCUGACCUGGCUGGUCUGAGCCAAUCUCUUCGCCUUGCUCCUACCAUCACCGGGUCUGGACAGCCGGAUUAUGUAGUUCUAAGCGAUCACUGCCGCUGGCAGGGUAUUGCUGGCGUGUACGCGGCCGGCCAUUUAGAUCGAUCCUGGCAGGUUUCCCCUGCUUCAUACCACUCCCAGCCCAUUUGA